AUGAGCGAAAGUUUUGAAGGCCAAAACCGUGCAUCGUCUGCUUCAAUUGCGGGCAUAGUCAGCUCGCAUCCCGAGACAGGUAUUAGCGAAAGUCUCGUCUUACAGACCGAUAGUGCGUCGGUUGAAGAAGCACACAUCACGGAUGGAUUGAAUGGCCUGUCUCUCGACGAGAGUGGAGAAGAAAGGGAGGCCGAGGUGCCUUUUGAGCCGGCAGCAUGUCUGUUUUGCAGCACCAAGAGCACUGGUCUUGACGAAAAUCUUGAGCACAUGCUGAAAGUGCAUGGCCUCUUUAUACCAGACGAAGAUCAUUUGAUUGUGGACUUCGAGACCUUGGUCGGAUACUUGCAUCUCGUAAUCUAUGGCUAUUAUGAGUGCUUGUUUUGUGGUUCACAACGACAAAGUGCCGAGGCAGCCCGGCAACAUAUGUUAGGGAAAGGACAUUGCAAGAUUGAUAUCCUGGAUGAAAACUCGGAAUUCCGUGAUUUUUACGAGUUCGAGUCUGUCUCUGGUGCAUCAAGCAGUGACGCCGAGAUCCCAGAUUUGAGGCCUGAGCGCCCAGGUGGGAGGUUCGUGCAAGUCGACAAUGUCAUGCGACUGCCUUCCGGCAAAAUACUCUCGCAAAGGUCGCAAGGCCUGGCGGGAAGCCAGCGGAGACAGUUACACGGCACGGCCGGAAGCAGUGCCUGGACAAAGAAUUCCAUGCCACUAAACGGACCCUCAGAGCCCGAGGUGGAAGGUGAAAGUUCUGAACCCGCGGCACAAGAACAAUCGAAAAGAGUUGCUAAGCGUGAAGCUAUCUUCAUAAGUCAACUUGCAAGUCUGCGGUCAGAGGAUCGGCGGAGCUUAAUGCAUUUGCCCAUUGCACAACAGCGGGCACAGGUCCUGAAGAGCAAAAGGCAGGUAGAGAGGUUCAGGCGGGAGGAGAAUGAGCUGCAGCUAAAAGUUCAGUUGCGGGCUAACAAGUCUUUGAAACACUGA